AUGUCUAAUAAUAGAUAUGGAUGUGGUUUACAUUUUUUUAAGAAAUAUCCAGAUGGGUUAACUUUUAUUCGAAAUGAAAAUGGUGAUCUCACACCUAAGAUCCAAUCCCAGAACAAAGAGCUUCAUGCUAAAUUGAUAUUUGACCGAUGGAUAAAUAAAGAAUUGAAAUCAAUUUUCUCUUCAAGAACGGGAAUUUCUUAUAACUCAAGAUAUAUUGUUUGUAAUUCAAAUCGUAAAAUCAACCCUGGACGUACUCACAUGUAUCACAAACUCAUGAAUAAUUUCCGUUCAACUCCAAGUCCAAAUUCGAGGACAGCUAAAAGGCAACAAAUGAGAUUUGAACGCUCUUGUCAUCGUAUUUUAUUACAAGAAGUUAUUAAACCAGGCGCUGUUUCCAGUACAUUAACGAAACUGGCUGCAGCUAAAAAAGGACGGUUCCUUUUUUUACCAUCUCAAAAAUUUACGACUCCUCUCAAACACUUACGUUAUAAGAAAACUGUUGAUAUCCCCAAACAAAAGGAUUAUAACUUUACUAUUCCGCAUUAUUUUGGCGCCAAUACGAACACGACCAAGGCAUCAAGGACUACAAAUAAUAUUUCCAUUGUCACAGAUUCGACUCUUAUUCCGGCUUCUAACGAUGAAUUAUUAUAUACGGUCAUUCCUUAUAAUCCUAUUCCGGAUAUGUUUAUUCCUCUUAAAUAUCGGGAUAUCAUACCGCCUGAUCCUAUUUAUGAUAAUUUUGGUUCUUUUAUUAUCCCUGGUUCUAGGGAAUGGUUUACUUAUAUGUAUCAAUUGGACUUAAAUACACGUGAUGAACGCCUCGAAAAAGCUGAAGAUGCUAAAUUUGCUGCUAGAAUGGACGAACUUUAUGCCGAAUCUGUGGCUGCUAAACUUCGUUAUUAA